AUGAGUACCUAUUUACUAGCGGUAGCGAUUCUCGACAAUUAUGACUAUGUGAAGAGAACGACAAAGAAAACACAAGCGCCUAUCGAGGUACGGUUGUAUGCUCCAAAGGAUGUGAUUAAAGGCCAGGCGGAAUUUGGUCUCGACACUGCCAUACGCUCAUUAGAAUUCUUUGAAAAUUACUUCAACAUAUCGUAUCCGUUAAAUAAAAUCGAUCUCCUGGCUCUCGACGACUUCAGCGAAGGAGCGAUGGAAAACUGGGGUUUGGUCACAUUUCGCGACUCAACACUCCUACACGCUGAUGGCAUCGCCAGCGCUCUGGCCAAAGAGCAAAUCGCACUUGUGAUUUGUCACGAAAUCGCUCAUCAGGUUCGAUUUUUCCGUCUGUAUAACUUCGCUCCAGAGGUUUUUGUUACCACUAACCAAACGUUCAAGCAUUUUUGUGCAGCUCUCUAA